AUGGUUCUCUUUGUUCCAUUGAACCGUGGCAACUUCGACGUGUUCAGCAUAGAAAUCGAACAGGAAUUCGCCGCGCUAGUAGUUGUCGGUGUGGCUGGCCGCAUUGAAAAAUGCAAAAACCUCACCAAGCUUGUACGCAUCAACGCUCAUCUAGAACCGCCGGCGCAUAUUCAGACAAAGACUCUCCUAAAUCUCGUGAGUAAUUUUAUUCGCGAAUGGGGAGAAAGACCAUGUGAAACGGGAUCCCGGGAUUUAAAAAUCUGCAAAUUCUGCGACAGCAUUAUCAACGAUGAAACUCGGCAAUACGCGAGAAAAUAUUGUUGCAUUGAAGCCGAAUAUCUUGAUCAACUAUUGAAGGAAUGGCUUGCGUUACAUAAUACAUCAGAGUUAGACUCUUCCAUUUUCACUGGUACUAAAUACGAAGUUAAUUAUUCCAAUAAGAAUGAUUCACAGAAAGAGAAUUCUGUCAAGAUGCACAACCAUGAUAAUACAGAGUUACGAUUAGUUACCACUGCUAAUCAGGAUGACAUAUACAUAAUAUUCGAAAAUUAUCAAAACUACAGCGGUUCCCAGAUAAAGUCGCUCACUUUGGCACGAAAAACAAAAACGUCGGCAGGUGAAGCACGUAGAGACGACGGUACAAGAAAUACCGACACGAUGGCAGAAAGAAUACGCGAGAGACGUGACAAUAAUCCGCAUCAGCGCGAACUCGGCGAGGUCGCAGGUAAGAGCCGGCAAGAUCGCCGUUCAGCUCAACGUGAUGCGCAAGAAGAAGCGAAUAGAUCGCAGAUCGCUGUUGAAAAAAGAAGAGGAGACCGAGAUAGGGAGAACGUGAUGGCGGCGGAGGAGGAAGAGGAGAAGGAAAAGAAGGAAAGCGGCGAGCGCAGAAAUCCCGGUAAGAAUCCUUAUCAACAACGAUAUGGGGAAGAACGCGAGACGCGAUUGCAGGGAGAUAACAGCGGAAAGAAGACUGGCCGAUUGGAUCGAAUCGAGGAGAAGAACGUCACUGUGGAGAGAAAACCGGCCAAAAGAUUCGAGCGGGAGAGUGGUCGACGCGAUCGACGCGAAAACGAGGAGAGCUCGGUUGCUCAUCGAGAUAGAAGAAAAGGCGAGGAGGCAGAUACGGUGUUAAGUAAGAAUAAGAGACUUGGGAGUGAGAAAACGUUGGAUUCGCUUGGUGACGCGGAAAAGGGACGCUCUACCGUCAACGAAGAAGGAAAACUUCCUGCGAACAGCGGAAAGCGCGAAGAUUCUUCAAAUCUGAUCCAGUACCAAUUAUCAAAUGCACACUUUGUGGAGCUCGGCUGGACCCAAUUACCGAUGACCAAAAUCAUGAGAAAGAUUGCGCGAUACGAAGCCAGACCUGCGAAACCUAAUAUAAAUUGGUUCAAAAAAUAUCGGCAUCUGGGCACGAUAUAUUACGACGAUGGAUUAACGCUAUUUUCGAGAUUCCAUUCCGAUGGUUCUGCCGAGUUAUUUUAUCCCAACGGCGUAUUGGCUAUUAGAGUGUGCAGACCGGAAAACCGGAAAUACGAUAUGUAUACUGUGUUCACGCCAGGAGGCAAAGACGCAUUGGCGAUCGAGAGGGUGUCUCAGAUCUUGGCGAUAUUCGACACCAUGGGAUACGGCGUCGUUUUCGACAUGGAUGGCGCAGCGAGACUGUCCUACAACCAGAUUGGAGGAAUUUUUACGGACAAUCCCGCUGGUACGCCCCUCGUUUGGGCUUGGAACGUGAAUCCAAGGGAGUCGAUACUGGAGACUGUGUACACGGAAAACAUAAGCGAUCGGUUGCAAAUGGACCUUUUCUCUCCGACUAAUAAAUCGGUGAAAAGUUCCGGAAAUGUUAAGACACCGAUAUUACCGUCCAGCUCGAGAAAUAAGGAAAAGAAGGUCGUCGAAGUGCAGGAACCUGUUGUCGAGGAACGACAAGAAGAGGUCGGGAACAAGAUACAACUGGGCACAAUUGUGAAUUUUAAUAAAGAAGUAGCAUCUUGUACGGUAGAAGCAAGUGAUUGGAAGAGUGACGUGCUGAUGAAGUAAACUAAUAAUACAAUUUUCAAACUGAAUGCGAGGCGUAACAGUUUUUUUUUUAUCGCGCAGAUGCAGAUUCCAAGAGAAAUUGACCGAAAAAUUGGAAUCCGAAAGCAGUCUAUACGAUCUAGCUAAAGAGUAUCGAAAAGUAAUGAGAUUUGCGAAAGAACGUAAAGCUAUGAUCGCCAAAUACAAACCUUUUUCCAAGAACAGGCGCGCCUUCAAUUAAUUCUACAAAAUCAAGAAUAACGUAGAAUACUUUAAGACGAGAAGAAAAAGAUAUGAAUAACUCUAAAAUUAAUCAAUUUUUUUCAUCUAUA